AUGUCAGUGUCUUCGGAAGAGUCGAGCACACCGGCGGCAUCGUCCCGGAUCGUCCGGGGCCAGCAUGGCGCGGUUGCGGUGCCAGAAGGCGACUCUCCUGACUUGAAGAAGUUCAUCUUCAUCCACCCUGAACGGCCCCAAAAGGACCUGCGCGCUGCCUGGAAACAGGCGGGCGGUGACGAGAAGCGAGCUGAUUCAUUUCUCAACGACCAUAGUUGGCGGCCGCCACGUACCACCCCUCCCAUUUCUAUCACUGGGACCCAGGCAUCCCCUGCCGUGGUAACAGCCUCGCCACCGCAGCCACCAGAAAUUACAGGCAGAGUUGAGGAGCUCGAUGAGGCACACAAGGCAGAACGUGCUGCCAUGAGGGAGAAGGCGAAGAAGAGCUCCAUAUACGCCAAUCGAGUCACACUUGAUACAGAUGAUCCAUUAACAACGCCAUCUUCGUCGAAGGUGCAGUCUGCGAUUCCAACGUCCCCAACAUCCCCGGCAACCCCGGCUCUCGUGAUGCCGCGGCGGAAACGUACCAAGAAGGUGAUCGUUGAUUCGGACGAAGAAAGCGGCGAUGAAGAAAUAAAGAAGCCAUCGAGACUUUCAAGAGUGCCCAAUAAAGCCAAAGCAAAGACUCCGGAGGAUCGAGCUUUGGCGUACUUCAACGAUUCCACGGAGGAGGGGUUGCAGGAGCUCACAGGUUGCACUGCCGAUCAAGCCAAGAAAAUCAGCGAACAUCGGCCAUUUGACGAUGAGGAUGAUCUUAGAGUCAAACUCGCUCAGGGUGGAAGAAAGGCCGGCCCUGGUGGCAUCAGUCCGCGAAUGUUCGACGAUUGCGUGGCCAUGUUCAAAGGCUAUGGCCACGUCGAUAGCGUUCUGGAAAGUGUCGAGCGUAUCGGAGAUAACUUGCGUGCUGCGAUUGCCUCUUGGACACUUCAAGGGUCAGUGGAGAGUGGCAAAGGCAAACAGAAGGAAGAGGAUGCGACGCAAGACGUACUCACAAAGAUGUACGAAGCUGAUGACGGCUCUCUUAGCUUGCGUACCUUGAGGCAUGUCAAGGCCUCUGCCGACUACCUCACGCAGCAGCCCAAGGCUUUGCCAGAGAACGUCAAACUGAAGGAUUAUCAGCUCCUAGGUGUAAAUUGGCUGUACCUACUUUACCGAAAGGAGCUCAGUUGUAUCCUCGCAGAUGAGAUGGGUCUCGGAAAGACAAUACAGGUUAUCAGCUUUUUGGCGCACUUGCAGGAGCAUGGUCGCCACGGACCGCAUCUCGUCGUUGUCCCAUCCUCAACCUUGGAAAACUGGUGUCGAGAAUUUGCCCGCUUUGCACCGUCUAUUGCGGUUCAGACAUAUUAUGCCGACAAGAAUGAACGUUCUGAGCUUCGGCAGACGCUCUACGACUCCCAAUGGCACCGGAACUCGAAAGGAAAAGGUUGGGAAGUUCUCAUAACUACCUACAACCUCGCGCAGGGCGACGAGAGGGACAGAAAAUUCUUUAGACGGAUGGAAUGGGAUUGCUGCAUUUUUGACGAAGGACAUGUUUUGAAAAACUUUGAGUCGCAACGUUACAAAGCACUCCUCAAGUAUGAAUCUAAUUGGCGACUGCUACUUACGGGCACUCCUUUGCAAAAUAACUUGCAAGAAUUGGUUGUUCUCAAGGACCUGCCAAACAAGACCGAGCGCAUCGAGUGGUGCGAGAUGACCCCUAUGCAGAAAUCGAUUUACAAUGAUGCACUCGCACGUUCACGAAAAAUCAUCCGCGAGGAGGCUCCCACCCCUGAUGGCGCCGAUGAAUCCGCCCAGACGAACGGCCGUGGCAAAGCCAAGAAGAAGUCCAAAUCAAUCCCGCGGGGGAAGGACGAGCGCUAUCUCGAGAAUAGCGCGAAUGUUCUGAUGGACCUGCGCAAGGCUACCUCUCACCCAAUGCUGUUCAGAAAGCGCUUCACCGAUCAGAUUCUUGACUCGGUCACUCGCCAGCUGCUUAAGGAACCCGAUUUCAAAAAGCGGGGAGCCAUUUUUGAUUAUGUCAAGGAAGACAUGGAGGUUAUGACCGACGCCGAGCUUCAGUUCUUUUGCCAAGGUUACAAGAAGUUUCUCCAGAACGAGAAGUGCUAUCUGGAAGCGGGCAAGGUCACUGUGCUGCUGAAGCUCCUGAAGAGAUAUCAGGCUUCUGGUAGAAAGAUUCUGAUUUUCUCGCAGUUCACCCAAAUUCUGGAUAUCCUACAAGCCGUCCUGAAGCAGCAGAAAACUCGCUAUUUGCUUCUCACUGGUGCCACAGCUGUGGAUCUGCGACAGACCCUGGUAGAUGAAUUCACAGAAGAUGACACCAUUCCCAUUUUCUUGUUGUCGACAAAGGCAGGUGGCAUGGGAAUUAACUUGACUGCAGCGAGUGUUGUCAUCAUGUUCGAUCAAGACUGGAAUCCUCACAAUGACCGCCAGGCGCACGAUCGUGCUUAUCGUAUUGGUCAAAAGCGAGAUGUUGAAGUAGUUAAACUCAUCACACGUGGGACGAUCGAGGAGGAUAUUCUACGGCUAGGGGAGACGAAGUUGGCCCUCGACGAGGCCGUCGCAGGUGACGCGGACGACGUGGAUGACAAGCAAGAAAGUACGCAGGAACAGGCAAUGAAGAUGUCGCUGAUGAACGUGCUGAGGAAGCAGUUUGCCGAGCAGCAAGGAACUGACUCUUCGACCCCUGCCUCCUCGGACAUGCCUGAGGUUGAGAUGGAUGACAGCUAA